CAGACCUAACCUCCUCUGUACUGUUUAGACACCUAGCCAGUGGUGUCCCUUCAGCACAAGACAAGACUUGCAAGAAUGCAGACCGGGGCUGGCUGCCCAGCAUUGCUGCUUGCCACCACCAAUGGAGAGGUGGUUGUGGCUGUGGGUAGCAGCCCUGUGCUUCUGUUUCCUGGGGAGUCGUCCCUGAGUCAAUGUGCCUUGGGUGCGCAGGGCCAGCCAUGCUGUGCUUGGGGCUGCGGUCUGGCAGGGGCUGGGGGUGGUUGGGAAGCCUGAGGCCCCUCUCUGGCAAAAAUAGUCCGCAGUGGUUAGAGCUAGGAGGGUGAGUCAGGCGGGAGUGCGGUGGCGCCUAACCCCUUCGCUGCCGCCAGAGGUAAGGCAUUUAUGCCUCUGCCUGCGCGCACCCAGGCAGGCCAGGUUCUUUUCUGGCUGCCCUGGAGUUGGACUUCGUUUGGUAUCCCAAGGCCUCCCUCAACCCUUAUGAAGCAAAUGUGCGAGCAGGGAGCAGGAGCAUGAAUCUGGGUCAUCUCAACCGUUCAAUCAGGAAUUCUGGUUAGGCGACCCCUGGAGAGAAUGCCUACAACAGAAGGAAAGCGAAGGGGCUGACUGGAGAUCUUUGGGCCUGCCUUUGACCGAGGCCAAAUUCUGAGGCCAAAGUUGACCCCUCCCAAGGGGCAGGCGCGUGGCUUCGAGGUGGGCGGGAGCCAAGCCGCACUGUGGCUCCUCACUUGCAAGCUCACCAGAGCCCUGGAGCGCACAGCCUCGUGGGCUCUUCAAGAGACUGUCAAAACCCCGAAGGUCGCCCAGCUCCGUCCUCAGGUCCUCAGCCUGUUAAAGGGGCUCUCCAGUCACCCACUCUUAGUGGACAAACGGAGGCAAAGAAAAAACGAUGGAAGAUACUGCCAUUGGGACCAGAUCCUGGCGCCUUAGUCAGGGUCACUGCACUCUCCAGACAGCCUCGGCGACCCCAGAGCAGAAGCGGCAAAGAGGAGUGGCCCAGCGCUGGAAGAAUGCUGCUCUGCCGAGGGGGCCGAACGCGACCCAGUCUCCCCACGGUUUAAGUGGCACAAGCGGAGCCCAAGUGAUCCAACUGCGAGUGUUGUGGAUCUUGCACCUGAACCGCUGGAGGCACUGACAGAUUCUCCCACCGGAGCCUCCGGGCUUCGACAUGCUGGAGGAGCCCCGGUCUCGGCCUCCGCCCUUGGGCUUCGCGGGUCUCCUAUUCUUGGCUUUGUUCAGUCGGGCUCUAAGCAAUGAGAUUCUGGGCCUAAAACUUCCCGGUGAGCCGCCGCUGACGGCCAACACCGUGUGCUUGACCCUGUCCGGCCUGAGUAAGCGGCAGCUGGGCCUGUGCCUACGCAGCCCCGACGUGACGGCGUCCGCGCUGCAAGGGCUGCACAUCGCUGUUCACGAGUGUCAGCACCAGCUGCGCGACCAGCGCUGGAACUGCUCAGCACUGGAGGGCGGCGGCCGGCUGCCGCACCACAGCGCCAUCCUCAAGCGCGGUUUUCGUGAAAGUGCUUUCUCCUUCUCCAUGCUGGCUGCCGGGGUCAUGCAUGCUGUCGCUACAGCCUGCAGCUUGGGCAAGCUGGUGAGCUGUGGCUGCGGCUGGAAGGGCAGUGGUGAGCAGGACCGGCUCAGGGCCAAGCUGCUGCAGCUUCAGGCACUGUCUCGGGGCAAGAGUUUUCCACACUCACAGUCCAGCCCUAUCUCUGGCUCAGGGCUCAGCCCUGGCCCCCAGGACACGUGGGAAUGGGGCGGCUGUAACCAUGACAUGGACUUUGGAGAGAAGUUCUCUCGGGAUUUCCUGGAUUCUAGAGAAGCUCCACGGGACAUCCAAGCAAGAAUGAGAAUCCACAACAACAGGGUGGGGCGCCAGGUGGUAACCGAAAAUCUGAAGCGGAAGUGCAAGUGCCAUGGCACUUCAGGCAGCUGUCAAUUCAAGACUUGUUGGAGGGCAGCUCCAGAGUUUCGGGCCAUCGGGGCAGCAUUGAGGGAGCGGUUGGGCAGAGCCAUCUUCAUCGAUACCCACAAUCGCAAUUCUGGAGCCUUCCAGCCCCGCCUACGUCCCCGUCGCCUCUCAGGAGAGCUAGUCUACUUCGAGAAGUCUCCCGACUUCUGUGAGCGAGAUCCUGCGGUGGGCUCCCCAGGCACUAGAGGCCGGGCUUGCAACAAGACGAGCCGCCUGUUGGAUGGCUGUGGCAGCCUGUGCUGUGGGCGUGGGCACAAUGUGCUCCGGCAGACACGGGUGGAGCGCUGCCAUUGCCGUUUCCACUGGUGCUGCUACGUGCUGUGUGAUGAAUGCAAGGUCACAGAAUGGGUCAAUGUGUGUAAGUGAAGGUGAGCCUCGCCUCGGGACUAAGGAAGAACACUGUGAUGGGUGCUCCUUUUCAGCCCUUUGCUCUGAUUUCUGUCCAGGGAUAAUCAUGGUCUCCGGAAGCUAAAAGUAUCUACCUGGAAACAGCUUUGUGGGGAGUAGGGUCAGGUGAAAUCUGCGAUGAGCGCCUUUCGUGUGGAAAGUGGUCAUCAUAUUCUGUUCUUAAACACCCGAAUGGACUAAGAUGAAAUGUACUGUAUUGUUCCCCUCUUCUCAACCUCUGGGGUCUGUCUCUUGGGCCCAGAUUUAUACUCCUUUAGAUAGAGGGGCUAUCAUUUAGCCACUCGCCUUCCUUGAAGGAUAACACUGGCCGUCGUGUGGAGUCCUUAGAUCUGUAUAUAGAAAGAGGCCACCUCUUCCUAUUUGUGCUCCUCAAACUCCUCCACUACAACCCAGAAGAACCUCCUCUUGUGGGGCCUUGGGUGACAAUAAUAAGAGGCUUUCGGUUGAAAAAGGACAGACAACUGUCCUCAGAGGGCUGUCUGGUCAGGCUCAUAGGGAAUUGUUCUCCUUCCAUUCAGUUGUUGAGAGGGUCCCUCCAAAGGGACGGUUUAGCUAUGACCCAUGGAAGCUCUUUUUCCUUCUUCAGCAGGAAGGAUGGGAAUGGAUAAUUUGUUGUACUGAGACAUAUUCUUGGUUCCUGUUUGAAACUAAAAUAAAUGAAGUUACUGGACUGGUUGCUGGUGGGUGCAGAUGGUGAUGUCUAGCCACACUUGGGGCAGCAGUCUAUGGUUUUGUUGUGAUUUUUAUUUUUUUCUUAUGUGAAGCCUACACUCCUGUACUCAGUGACUUUUUAUGUAUAUAUCCUGCUGACUUCCAAAAAGGAUUUGAAAUGAUGCUCAGUGACCGAUUCAGAUUUUUAGUCUGUAAACCAAGGUGGACUUUGGGGUGGCAAGAUUUAUAGAUCCAAAUGUACACAGCCCCUGCUCAGCCUGAGCCCUCAACUCCUGGUAUUUGGUAUCUCCUUCAUCAUUACUUAGAACAAAAUUUGGCAACUUUUUUUCCCCUGCAAGAGGGCUAGAGGGUAAAUAUGCUAGGUUAUUUAUAUUGUGGUCUUUAGGCCAUCUACUCACCUCGACCAUAAUUGCUCAGUUCUGCUGUUAUAGAUCCAAAAUAGUUAUGGUCAGGGGAAUGGACAAAAGCAGACACAGGCUACAUGUAAAUCGAUGGGUAUAGCUGUGUUCACUACAGUCACAAACUGGUGUGCAGGGCCAGACUGCUCCUCUGGCUGUCAUUUGUUGACCCCUCUCCUAUAUAAGGUCGCAUUUGCUCUGGGGCUUUCAAGUCUUAAGUACCACUUAACAAUGAACAUGAACUUAGAAGAGCAGGUACUAUUGUCUCUAAGUCUGAGCCAGAGAAUUUGGGGGUACAUGCAAGGCUGAUGGGAAAAUACUAAAGGGUAUUCUAUCUCAAAAUGCAAGUCAUAUAUAUAGGUUGCCCUCAUUCUCCUGAAUACUGGGAUUAUAGGUGGGUCCUACCAGGCCUAACUAAAAUGAGAU